AUGUUCACCAAGGCCCUUCUUUCGUUGGCGCUGGUCGCCCCAAUCCUUGCGCUGCCAGCGCCGCAGCCAAUGGUCAUCUCGGACACCACCAAGCAGAAGGCGACUUCGCUCUGUGGCGUUUCUGAUAGCGUUGUCUUGACUGACACGCCCUGGAUCGUUUUCAACAUGAUGUACAAUCAGGCUUUGACAGUCGGCACGCAAUGCACCAACUACGAUCAUGUUGCGACUGGCUCAGACAGCAACAAGAAGAUCACCUGGAGCGCUGUGUCGAACAUUGACUAUGUGCAGUCAACCAACAACGUCCCUAAGGGCUACUCCUUCAUCGGCCUUACCCAGAACCUCGAGACAAAGCUCUCAGCCAUCAAGUCUAUCCCAGCCACCUACGACUGGACCCGCACCAACACAACCGCCUACAAGGGCAACAUCUGCUUCGACUUCAUGACCUCCGACACCAAGGGCGACUCCACUUCCACCUCUGCCCAAGAGCUGAUGCUGUGGCUCGAAUACACCGGCGGUCAGCUCCCCAUUGGUUGGACUGCCGGCCCUAAGGCUACUAUCAGCGAUUUGUACGGCACUAGCUGGAAGCUGUACCAGGGCAAGAACGAUGACACUGGUAUCACUGUGAGCAGCUUGUUGCCUGAUAGUCAGUUCACAGGCACUUUUAGUGGCGAUAUCAAAGACUGGUUGGAGGCGCUUGUUGAGGUUGGUGUGUUCAAAGAUAGCACGUAUGUUAAUGUUGGAAAUGCGGGUACGGAGCCUUUCUACGGCAAAGCCGUUAUGAACGCUACGUUGGGUCUGCAGAUUAACCUGUAG